UUCCCUCGCUCGCUCCUUGGCCACUCUAGCGGGAGGAUGGCGAGUUCUCGCGAGGGCUCCGAGGGCCUCGUCUCACGUUUCCCUGGAGACGGGGCCGCCUAGGCCUCGCUCGCCGGGAAGGCUUGGUCCUACUUGGCGAUAUGGCAGGUGCGCCGCCGCCUCCCGCAGCGCCGCCUGAGGCCGGCCUACAGGUGAGGGAGGGCGAGCCUUUCGCGGGCUGGGUGGGUGGGUGCUCAAGGGGACCCGGCUCACGUCCCGUUUCUCUCCCCACCUCGUAGACGCGGAUCGUGGAGAACCAGCCUUACGAUGAGAGCCUGGACGUCAACGAGACGGAGGACGUGGCCAGCAUCUACGCGCCCAGCCCUCCGCAGCCAGGUAUGGGGGGCUGGGACAACGGGGGCAGCGCGGGGCGUCGGGGGGUCGCCCCCUCCGCCUCUGACUCGGCCCUUCUCUCCUGCCACCGUCUCAGGCCCUCGCCGCGUCCGCUCCCAGCACAAGAGCCUGGCCGAAAACAGCAGCGAGGAGGACGACGAGGAGAUACUCAAGGUACCCACUGAACAGCAGCCUCCUCCCCCCCCCGCCCCCCGCCUCCUGCCUGGAGGGCCAAGGAAGCAGUGGGCUGGGGUCGCGGUGGUGAUGGGCCUGCUUGAGGGCCGAGUUGGCUCCCACUCCUUCGCUUUCCCCCUCUCCCCCAGGAGAAGAAGGCCUCCCAACUGGCCUCCCAGCCUCGUUUCAGUGGGAACGAGGUAGAAGACGAGGACGACGACUCUUCAGAAACGGACUCUGAUGACGAUGACGAUGAUGAAGAGCACGGCGCUCCUCUAGAGGGGUAUUUGCCAUUUGGGGAGGGGGAAGUUGGCUAGGAAGGGCAUGUGCUUGGCUGCCGAUAUAUUUGCUACUUGUUAGUAAGCUUACAUGCAAUCGUGCCCUUGUUUCCAAUAGGCAUGGCGUGUGCCAGCCUUGAAGACUAGACUGCCCAGGAACAUGCUUUCUUAAGUCGAUUGAUUUUAGUGGGGCAAGGGAUGCCUAACUCCGCCAAGAAUCCAGUGAGCAAAAACAAGUCCUGGAGCCUUCCUUGGCCUUCAGCCUCUUUCACCCACACACUCCCGGCAUAGGCCAGUUGGAAAGGUGAGAAGGUUCCUGUGUGAUAGCAAAGACAGUUCUUUCAAGCACUGAAGUCACACCUUUUAAGUGAGGCUUUGCUGGCUUCCAAAGGUCCCCAUAUACUGACAUUUGGGUAGGAUAUUGGGUUAGGGAACCUCUGGAUCUCCAGAUGAUGCUGAACUACAACGCCCAUUAUACCUGACCAUUAAAGGAGCUUGUGGUGGACUUCAAAGGAGCUUGUGGUGGACUUCAGGAGACAGAAGAGCAACGUCCAGCCACUUUUGAUUGAUGGGGUCUGUGUGGAGAGGGUAACAACGUUCAGAUUUUUGGGCAUUGAAUUACAAGAGGAUCUGUCCUGGAGUGUCAACACAAGGGUGCUUGUGAAGAAGGCGCAGCAGAGACUGUACUUUUUGAGAAUACUAAGGAAAAGCCAUCUUCCGCAGAAACUGCUGCUUGCCUUCUAUCACUGUGCCAUUGAGAGCGUGCUCACUUAUGGCUUAUGUGUGUGGUAUGGAAGUUGUACUACCCAGGACAGGAUGGGGUUGUGCAGGGUUGUUAAGGCAGCAGAGAGCAUUGUUGGCUGCCCACUCUCCACCUUAGAGCAGAUUUAUGCCACAAGGUGCCAUAGGAAGGCACUGGACAUAGUAAAAGAUCCAUCGCAUCCUGGUCACUGUGUCUUCGAGCUCUUGCCGUCGGGACGGGGAUACAGGACGAUGAAGACAAGAACGAGCCGUCUUAAGAACAGCUUCUUCUCCAGAGCGAUCUCGGCCCUGAAUGGGAAGCCCGGACUUUGCAAGUCAUCUAAUCUCCUUUGCUGUAUUAUACUGUAUUGAUUAAUUAGUGUUUUUAUGGAGCAGUCAAUUAAUUUCGUUGUCCCCGAAGGGGGCAAUGACAAUAAAGAUAUUAUUAUUAUUAACCACACUGGCAGCUGGGGCUGAUUGGAAUUGGAGUCCGGCAUCCUCUGAAAGGCCACCGAUAUCCCACCUGUCCUGUAAUAUAGCAGCCAGGUAGAAGAUGGUUGAAUGUCCAAGCAGAUCACGUGUCCCAGGAAUAUAGUGGCUUAGUUAGACCAGUCUGUUUGCUGUUUUUGGCACCACCCACCCCUACUAAACUGUGUGCUACAUUAAAUGUGUAUCUGUAUGAAACUUACAGGUUUUAAAAAAUGGACUGUGAGAAUAAUGCAGUUGCUAAGAUUGCAGCAGGUGUGGAAGAAUGUAAACCUUCCCCGAUGCGGUCUUAUGGAAGGUGCUAUUUGCUUCAGGAGGAAAUAUCUUUGGCCCAUAGGGGUGGCAGUCUUGUUUAAGGGUGGUGGGGUGGAUAGGGGAGAGUGAGAAUGCAAGCUGGCUUUUCUUUGUCUCUCCUUGAAGUCAGACUCUCCCUCACCCUUCCUUUGAACACAUCCUAUUUCCAUUGCCUCCUGCCCAGCCUCACCACUGACUCUUUCCCCAGGGCAUACAACUCAGCAGAUUAUGACUACCUGCCAGUCUCCCUGGAGAUCAAGGAGCUUUUCCAGUACAUCCGGAGGUGAGCGGUAAUGUGGAUCUUGGCCGCAUUGUGGGCAGGCGUGUCUCUUUUCAGGCUUCUGCUCAUGGUGUCUGCUCCUCAGGUAUUCUUCACAAAUGAUUGACCUGGAGCACAAGCUGAAACCUUUCAUUCCAGACUUCAUUCCAGCUGUUGGGGACAUUGAUGCCUUCUUAAAGGUACUGCAUACAUUCUGACACUCCUUUACAUGCAGCACUGGCUGAGAACUGCCACGCAGGACUCUUUCCCUGCAAUGUCCAUAGAGAACUGUCGCCUCUCUAUGGAGGUGCAACAGGGCAGCACUGUCAUUGCUUUGUCUCCAUACCCACAGUCAACAGUGCUGAAAGGUUAGCUGCUUUGCAGAAUCCUUGUAGAUAAGUGGGAAUAAUUUUUGUUGCCCUGAAGUGAUGCUUAUGGCUUUCCCACUGAGCAUCUGCUUGGCCACUGAGAGGACAAAAUGAUGAACUAGAGGGGCCUUUGGUGUGACAGGGCAGUAAAGGCUUCUUUCAGAUCCUUGGCUUUCUCAGCAGGCAGGGCCACAUUUUGUUUGUUAUAGUGAUUGACCAUUCCCAGCAGAAACUCUCGACUGGUCUUAUACCUGGGUGCGUACAUGAAGAAUAGAAUAAUGGGAACUCUCACGUGCAAAGGACACCCUGGCUUGUUUCUCAUAGGUUCCACGGCCUGAUGGGAAGCCAGAUAAUCUUGGAUUGCUGGUGCUGGAUGAGCCAUCGACCAAGCAGUCCGACCCCACUGUUCUCUCCCUCUGGUUAACGGAAAACUCUAAGCAGCACAAUGUGGCCGUAAGUGGGAGAGGGUGUGUGUGUGUGUGUGUGUGUGUGUGUGUGUGUGUGUGAAGCGACUCCUCUUGGAUGCAAGGCAGCCCUUGGCUCUGAUGAGGAGGCACAUUGGGGCAUGUUCUGGUCUCUGUUUCCAGCAGCAGAUUAAAGUGAAGAGCCUGGAGAAUGCUGAGAAGAAUCCCAAAGCCAUUGAGAGCUGGAUUGAGAGCAUCAGUGAGUUGCAUCGCUGCAAGCCCCCAGCUACAGUCCACUAUGCUAGGUGGGCCUCUUGGAGGGAGGGAUGAGGGCAAGGGCAAGGGCAAGGCCUGGGCCUGCCACUACUCAGCCCCACCUUUGCUCCGUGCUGGGGGUGGGGGAAGAAAGCCACUCUGCAGAUGCACUCUCUGUGUGGAAGAACCAUGGCCAUUUCAAGCUGCUCCCUGGUAUUUCUUCCUUGUAGGCCCAUGCCUGAUAUAGACACGCUGAUGCAGGAGUGGUCCCCUGAGUUUGAAGAGCUGCUGGGAAAGGUAGUGUCUGCCAACUGUCCUCCUCUCUAACUUCUAGUUUUGGCCUGGCCUAAGAGAGGGGGCUUGUCAGCAGGAGGGAGAAGCUUGUGGGCCUCUAAAGAGAUUCAUGCAGAGAAAGAGAGUACUGAGCUGACCUUUCCCUCUGCUUUUCAGGUGAGCCUUCCCACUGCAGAUAUUAACUGCAGCCUGGCAGAAUACACAGACAUGAUAUGUGGUGAGUGCCCUUUUGCUGAUGUGGUGCUCACCUAUUCCAAGCCUUUUAGGGGUAGAGAUCUGCUCCAGUCGGUGUUGGAAUUGGCCUCAUCUCAAAAUGCCCCUCAGCUAUGCACCACCCAGCAAAAGUCUCCUUGCUUGUUGGAAUCAGACUAAAUAGCCAUUAUUUUUUCUCUUCAGCUAUUCUGGACAUUCCUGUCUACAAGGGCCAUAUCCAGUCCCUGCACACCCUUUUCUCCCUCUACUCGGAAUUCAAAAAUUCACAGGUAGGAGACACAAGGAUCUGAAGAGCAGCAGCUCUGGUCUGGUGUCCAUGUUCAUGUGGGGGCACCGCUGAAUGGAUUGCUCCCUGAGUCUUUACCCCAGCCUCACCCAGAGUGGCCUUGCCCUAGAGCUGCCUAAAAUGAUGGUGUUCUCCCUCCCCCCUUCUCUCUCCUGCAGCAUUUCAAGGCUCUGGCUGAGGGCAAGAAGGUUGCAAGCCCUCCCUCCAACCCCCCCUCACAGGCUGGCGAGACAGACAUCCUGAGCUUUACCUGAGACGCCUGCCUUCCCGCCCCAGGUGGGACCUGUUCCAGAGAAGUGCCAGCCUGUGAUGCUGCAGGGCCUGAGGCCUUCUUGUUUGGGCAACUGCUAUUCAGGCUUCCAGUGGACUUAAUGGAGCACAGUCAGGAUCUGGCUCAAAGGCCCCUGACCACUCAGAAAGCCACCAGCAUCUCAUCUACCUUUCUUUGUACAGCUUCUGUGAGAAUUUGCCUUAUUAAAGUUUUGCUUAUAGUGCUA